AUGACUUUUAUUCCUCCUCAAGAAGAUAUUGUCCCUAGCCAGUUGGGACCGGAGUAUCUGGGUUUCGACCAUAUUCUUUGGUAUGUUGGCAACGCUAAACAGGCCGCAUCUUAUUAUAUCACUCGUUGGGGCUUCAAAUCAAUUGCCUACAAAGGGCCAGAGAAUGGAUCAAAUCACAUUGCUGGUCAUGUUAUAAAAAAUGGAGACGUGAUAUUUGUCUUCAUCUCACCAAUAAUUUCUUUCCCUUGCAACAAGCUGGAUUACAAAACGACCUCGGAGGAAAAGCAACAACUCCAGGAAAUACAGGAUCACCUCUUAAAGCACGGAGACGGGGUCAAGGAUAUCGCGUUCCGAGUCAGCGCAGAUGUCAAACCCAUUUUCGACAAGGCAAUUGCUGCAGGGGGUCAAGCUGUGCAUCAACCGACUACUAUCAAGGACGCGGGUAAUGGAGUGAUCCAAACCUGCACAAUUGGAUCAUAUGGAGAUACAACUCACACACUCGUUAAUCGCAGAAACUACAAGGGCUGCUUCAUGCCCGGGUUUCAGCCGGUUGAUGAGAGCGAUCCAAUUGAACGUUACCUUCCACAGGUUGAUUUCAUGAAUAUUGACCACUGUGUGGGAAACCAACCUUGGGAUGGGCUUGAUCCUACCGUCAGCUUGUAA